UCUCUGUUUACCAACUAAGUAUACGAACUAAUAAUUACAUAGAGAGCUUUCAUAACGUAAUAAGAACAACCAUUGGCCAGCAUCUUCCGAUAUGGAACUUUUACGAUAGACUGAGGAAUGUGGAGAGCAGAGUAUGAAGAAGAACUCAGCAAGUAUUAAAUGGCCAACAGGUCAUUAAAAGUUAAAAAAUUAACAAUAGAAAUGUAUAUAAGCUGAAGACAGCGACAUGGACAUAGACGACGACUUAGAUAACCAAAUCCCAGAAAUAGUAUUAGAAAACAACUGGAAUACAUACUGUAAUACUUUUAGCGCCAUUCGCCCGCCUGUCACUAACAAAGACCAUCCAGUUGCGACAGACUCGGACGACCCGCAGCCGUGCUCAUCAUCAGGUCUGAAAAGACCGCGUUCAGACUCUGUUGAUGAAUAUAAUGUAAAUGCUAUACGUUCGGAUAUCAAUUGUGUCAACAAGAAAUACAAAUUACCAAAUAUUAACGGUCGCACAUCAAAAUGUCAGAAAUGGCUGAUAUGGGAUCAUCUCAUUUUUAAGAAGGGUGGCAUACAUGGCAAGAGGUUAUCGGGAUCGGCAAAUCGGUCAAAUGGUUCUCGAUGUGAAUAUACCGGAAAAUCCAAUUUUGCUCCAGUCUUUGUCACCACCACAUCAAGAACCAGCAAGAUUACCUAUAGGGAGAGGUAGAGGUAGAGGCACAGGUCGGGGUAGAGGACAACAGCCUCGACGUGGUAGGCCGCAAGUUACCAGACCGCAACUACCGCCACCGCUUCCAAUUGUAGAAACCGAAAUUGAAGAAGUUAUCAUUAUGAAUGACGUGGGUGCAGUGUUGGAACACCAAGAUAAUGACAAUAUUGAAGAGAUAGAGGUGGAAGUGGCAGAGCCUGCAAAUGAAGAUGUACCAAACAUCGUCAUGGCAGUGCGCCCAUCAUUCCAACAACCACAAAUGCCAGGCGAGAAAGACGAUAGAUGGUUUGUGUGCCUGGGCAGCAGAGGAGAAGCAGGAGAGAUAAUAAAUAUUCUCUUGCCAUGUGAUCAUAGGUGGUGCUGCGAUACGUGUGGCCGACGGCUGGAGGAAUGUCCAAUUUGCCGCGUAAUAUUUCCAAGAGCUCCACGAAUAAAUAUUAUGCAUUAUAGAGUUGGCGAAAAUGGUAGAUGGAUGGAAAACCUAAAUAGCUUGCUAGACCCAACAGGAAGCAAUUGUAUUUCCUGUUGGAGAGUUGUCAGAGACAUGCCAAAUUUGACAAGGUACGCCUACCUCUAUUACGACUAUGGAUGGAGAUGUGUCGACUGUGCACUCCCGCUUCCAGAGGAAUGCGAAGUAUGUGGAGAUAGAUGGCGUUGCUAAAAUAUUUAUUAGCGGAUCAUUUUAU